AUGGCCGAAUGGAUUGGAGUGGCAGCUGCUAUCCCACAACUUGCGAAGUACAGCUUGACCGCCACUAAUGCCGUGCCAGAUUUUGUACGACGAGUGCGCAAGGCUCCGAUUACCCAAAACCAGUGGGCCGACCAGGCAUCCCUCCUAGCCAGCCUUUCGCAGGAAGUUCACAAACAACGCGUUGACAAUACUGCUGUUGCUUCAAGCAUUCUCGGCCAACUAGACGACGACUUAAACAAGAUCCUACCAUUUUUGCGCCGUACCAAAAUUGAUGCGGCCGAUGGGAGACUUGCAAGAUUGAAGAAGAGAAUCAGGAUUCUUGAGGUAUAUCAACAGCACUACGGCGACGAAGCACGCAGACUCGGCACAGUCGAGCACGCUAGGAAGCUCAUAUUUGCCCCGUCACUCCCAGGGCACCACGACAUGCUCAUCAGGAAGCGAAACCCUAAUUUUGUUGGACAAGGCAGCGUUUUGCACCAGUUGUUCACCAAGAUUGAGAACUCAUCCUCGUCUACAAUUGCCCUAUGCGGACUAGGAGGGGCUGGUAAAACUGAGGUGGCAUUGGAGCUAGCAUAUAUGCUACGUGACGCUCAACCUAAUACCACGAUCCGUUGGCUUGACGCCUCGAUGGAACCGUCUUUGUGCGAAGACCCUGCCCAAUUUGGUCAGCAUCACAUAGACGCGCAAAUUGACCUAGAUGACAAACAAGAUGUGGCGACGGUACUCUCAUCACAAAACUCAGCAGCUUCCGGUCUAAAACUUCUGGUUCUCGACAACGCUGAUAUUGCUACUUGCUCUGCUUCUGGCAUGCAGAGCUUGUUGACGCAACAACAAGGCAUCCACAUCUUGAUCACAACACGCAAUCGACGUUUCGCGCUGGAUCAUUUCCACCCAGUUGACUUGUUUGAAAUGCCGGUCAUGACCUUGCGAGAUGGAAGAGACCUAUUACUCUCGUAUGCAGGGCUAAGCAAUGCGGGAAAUAGCGAGAGUAUUGGUCAGCUGGUCAAUUGUCUCGACAUGAACCCUUUCGCUCUUAAGCAAAUUGGACUUUACAUGAAAUUCAGCUCCGAUGGAACGUGGAUGAUGCCGAACAUCGUCGGCUUUGCUACCAAAGCUCACCUGGUCCAUCAUCGGGACCGCAUUAGAAUUCUCGAAGGUGCUCUUCAGUUGGUUACUUCCUUCGUUUCUUCAGAUUCAGUCCUCACGUCUACGGCUCAUCGCUGUUGGGCACAUGUCGCUUCGGUACUGGGCGUCUAUGUCGAUAUUGCUUCCGAAACGGAACUGGAAUCGAACACCAUCAGUGCCAUGGGUGUACUUGCGUUAAGGCUAUGCCACCAUCUGGUCGCAAUGGGAAGAGCGAGAGAAGCUAUCUUGAUAUUGAAUCGGCUCAUCAUUUGGGCAUCCAAUCGCUCCAAAGACCUUAUUCCAUUGUUCGACAGACUCCGCGGCAAGCUCGGCAUGGCUCUCCAUGGCAGCGGUCAGUACGCGGCUGCUGAGCUCGAAACAAGACAGGUGCUUCGCUCUCAGAUUUUGACAAUAGGCGAGGACGAUAUCAACACGAUACAUAGCCUGAAUAACCUUGGCGUCUAUCAUCAAGAUCAAGGUCGAUUUCCGAUGGCGGAAAGUUUCCACAGAAAAGCAUUCGAUAUGAAGCGGGCUAAAUUUGGCGCACACCAUCUCGAGACGCUGCUGACGCUCAAUAAUUUGGCUCUAUCACUGCAAAGCCAGAAGAAGUACAACGAAUCUGAGCUAUUUCUCGGCCAAGCUCUGCGCGGGCGGAAGCGACUAUUGUCAGCGACUCAUCCGGACACUCUGGUCUGUUUGAGCAAUUUCGCCGUACUAAAGCAGCUUCAAGGUCACUUCGAACAAUCUCAAUUGCUUCAAGAAGCAGCUCUAUCUGGUCGUGAGCAGAUGCUGGGCUCAAAUCAUCCAGAAACACUGAAGAGCAAAGGAAACCUUGCACUAUUACUGCAACUUCGUGGACGCCAUGGUCAAGCGGUCGACCUCUUAAGUGAGGCAUGCCAGGUGUACAAAGAUACAAUUGGACGACUGCAUCCAGAAACAAUAAAGUCAAUACGAAACCUCGCAAUCAUUCUGCACCAACAGAACAAAUUCGCAGAAGCACAAACUGUAGCAUUUGAGCUACAAGAGAUCCUGGAAGAGAAGCAUGGAAAAGGGCAUCCUGAGACUUUUGCAUCGCUCGAUCAUCUGGCGACAAUCUUGCACUGGCAAGGCAAGCUCGAAGAUGCCUUUGAGAUUAUAGCCUGGCUUCACGACAUAAGGAGUGGGUUGUUGGGAAAGGAUCACCCCGACACGAUCAGCAGCCGAAACUAUCUCAGCAGUCUGGAAGCGGAAUUGGCUUCUUCUGAGCAAGCAUCGUCUGUUCUCUUGGAUAUGUUUUGA